CGGCGCAGCAUUGUCGGUUGGGACAUUGUCUUGUCCCGUGCCCUCGCUGCCAGUAAGUUAUAAGCACCCCGAGCCCGGAUUUCUAUUCUAUUUUCAUGUCUUCAGUUCUUCAGUUAUUCGACGGGCCCGUCACCUCUUUCCCAAUUCAACCACAGAUUGCUGCUGUACAUCAUGGCCAUGAACCUAGCGACGAAUAGAACAGUUGACUUUGCCCUGCGAGCGCUGCAGCUCAUCUUCGCCAUCAUCGUCUUAGGAAUAGACGGACACGCUAUCCACGUGUUUCGCGGCCACACUGUCUAUGAGCACUUCGUGUACGGCAACUUCUACGCGUACGAAGGCGUUCCUAACGCGUGGGGCUUCCUAUUGUUCUGCGCUGGAUGGACAUUCCUGGGCGGUAUCUUUCUCCUCAUUGCUGGAAUCCGCUCCGCGGACCAGAGGUGGAUUGGCUAUAUCCGUGUCGCCGUCGAGGCGGUGGCCCUCCUCUCAUGGCUUGCUGGCUUCAUGGCUGUGGCGAUCAACAUAGGGAGCAAUGCAUGUCCGGCAGAAGAGAACGGCUGUGGGUCGCUCAAGGCGGCGACAGUCUUUGGAGCCGUGGAAUGGCUCCUGUUCGUGAUUACCACAACCUUGACCGUCAAGCUCGUCUUCAAUAGAGCUAGCCAGUCAACGGAAUCUCCAACCAGUCCUGCCACAGCUAUGAAAUCAGCGGCAUAAGGUUUUGGUGGACAUCAGAAGCGUCCGACACGAGGUCAAGGUUUCCAAGGUUUGUUUUUGGGUGUGAUGCCUCGGAACCUCGCCCUAGGCUUUCACCGUCGAGUCUGAUAUUCAGGGGGACAUC